AUGGCUGAAGCACUCAUUUUGGCUGAAGCACUCAUUUCCGUUCUCCUAGAACAGUUGGCUUCAAUCACCAUUCAACAGGUACAACAACAAGUGAAAUUGGUAGUUGAUGUUAAGAAAGAAGUUGCAAAUCUCACCCACAAUUUCCAAGCUAUAGAAGUCGUGCUCAAAGAUGCAGAGGAGAGGCAAGUGAAGGAGGCUACCGUUAAGCUAUGGCUGGAUGAUUUAAAGGACGUGUCCAACGAGAUGGAGGACGUGUUGGAUGAUUGGAACACUGAAAUUCUGAGGCUACAAAUUGAGAAACAAGAGAAAGAAGCUGGAAAUGCUCUUGAUACGACUAAGAAGAAGGUAUGUCUAUGCAUCCCUACUGCUUCCUUUUGUUAUGGCCAAGUUGGUCGAGUUAUUUUUCGUCACGGCAUUGCUAUAAAGAUUAAAGAUCUCAAUGAAAAGUUAGCAACAAUUGCUAGGAGGAGGCAAGAUUUUAACUUUCAGUACACGAAAAGUGCUACUGAACAUAUUGAGCGACAAAAGACUACUUCUUUUGUUGAUCAAACAUUUGGUCGGGUAGAUGAAAAGGAAUUAUUGGUGCGCAAGUUGUUGAGUGAGAGUAAUCCUAAAGGGCAGAGCCCCCUUGUCAUCCCUAUUGUAGGGAUGGGCGGAAUCGGUAAAACAACCCUUUCCCAACUGGCAUAUAAUGAUAAAAGAGUCCAGGAAAAUUUCAAAGAUAGAAUAUGGGUUUGUGUCUCAGACCCAUUUGAUGAGCUCAACAUAGCCAAAACCAUCCUUGCACGCCUCGGUGGAAAUGUCAAUUCCAUUUCGAGUGACCUAGACGCUUUCUUCGAAUGUCUGCAGAAGUCUAUUGAGGGGAAAAAGUUUCUCCUCGUCUUAGAUGAUGUGUGGAACCAAGACUAUAUGAAGUGGGCAAACUUGAAGCUACAUUUACAGCAGAAAGAUGCUGUAGGUAGUAAAAUAAUUGUCACUACACGAAAAGAAGAAGUAGCUAGGAUGAUGGGAGCACCCGAUAACACUAUCAAUUUGAAGGUGUUGAGUGAUGAAAAUUGUUGGUCAUUGUUUGCUGGAAUUGCCUUUGCCAAUAGUAACCAAGAUGAGUGUCGAAAUUUAGAACCUAUUGGUAGGGACAUUGUAAACAAGUGCAAAGGGUUCCCUCUUAUUGCUAAGACUUUAGGUGGCCUCAUGCUUUGUAAGAAAACAAAGAGAGAAUGGCAAGAUGUUUUGAGUAGUAAGAUAUGGGAGUUAGACAUAGUGGAGCAACAAGUUUUCCAACCGCUAUUACUAAAUUUUUAUGAUUUAACUCCAAUGAUCAAGCGUUGUCUCUUAUAUUGUGUUAUUUUUCCAAAGGACAGUAUAAUUAACAAAGAAGUUUUGAUUAAGUUGUGGAUGUCGCAAGGUUUUCUUGGUUCAGUUGGGAACAAAGAAAAGACAAUGAUAGACAUUGGAGAAUCAUAUUUCAAUAACUUAGUAAUGCGAUCUUUCUUCCAGAAUUUCAAGAAAGAUAAAUUUGGAGAUAUUAAACAGUGCCAAAUGCAUGAUAUUGUGCAUGACUUUCUCCAAUUUUUAACCAAGAAUGAAUACUUAAUUGUGGAGGGCAAAGGUGGUGAGGCGAGACCGAGAGUGGAUUUUACAAUUAAAAUGCGUGAGGACGUUGAAUUUGAGUCACAACUUAAUCAGCGAAGUUCCGGACGAGGUUGGCGUGUUGGUGCACUUGAGGUAUUUGGAUUUAUCCGAAAACAAGUGGCUGCAGAAAUUACCUGA